AUGAAAGUGAAACGCCUUCUAGGCGUAAUGCCACUUCUUUGCUCCGCUUCCGCAGGGGCUGUGCAUCUACCGCGGUUGGCUAACGGCAAUCCCCAGCUGGACAAAAUGAAUUUCCCCAGGGGAGACCAGAAAGCUUCAUGGCCAUAUGGGCCCUUCAGCACGAAGGGUAGGGAUAUCGUUAAUUCUCGGGGUGACGUGAUCCAAUGGGCCGGUGUCAACUGGCCUGGACACCUGGAAACCAUGAUACCUGAAGGGUUAGAAUUCAAAUCCGCCGAAGAUAUCCUAGACGAUAUGGCGGGAAUUGGAUUCAAUUUUAUACGAUUAACCUAUGCUGUCGAAAUGAUUGAUCAAAUCUACGACCGUAACGGCAAGGAUGUUCCUCUCGAGGAGGCCAUGAUCGAGGGCUUGGGCCAGGUUAAUGGCACCAAAGUGACCCGUGAUAUAGUUUCGCGGAACCCGCAGUGGACCUCAAACACAACGCGCCUCGAGAUCUGGUCGGAUAUCACACGACUUGCCUUGCAAAAAGGUAUCUUUAUUCACCCAGAUACUCAGAUGAGUACCGCCGAGUGGUGCUGCUCGCAUACGGACGGCAAUGGAUGGUUUGACGACGUGAGUUUCGAUGUCAGCCGGUGGCAUCGUGGCAUGGCGUACAUGGCAACCUGGGCGAAGGAACAUUCGAAUGUCGUCUCUAUGUCAUUACACAACGAGCUGCGGGAGUCGUGGAAUCGAACAAACCUCGACUACAACUGGAUGACGCUCGUUGGUAACAUGAGCGCUGGCGCCGACACAAUUUACAACGCCAAUCCUGAUCUGCUGAUAACUUGGUCUGGGAUGCAGUACGAUGAGGACUUGUCAGCAUUGACCACUCGGAAGAACCUGCUGACUGCGCCAUGCUACAAAUGCACGGCCGUUCGAGACGCACACCGUCGGCCACCAGUGUAUUUCGACCUUGACAGCUAUCCCUGGGCUAACAAGAUUGUCUGGGAGCUGCACCUGUAUGACAUGAGCGAGGACAUCGAUACUGGGACGUGUCCUAUUAUUGAGGCUGCCUUCUACCGCAAUGGCUUCAAUGCUUUGGGAAUUCAACCUCCAGCAGAUGGCUGCCGCCUUACUGGCGACUGUCCACCUGCGCAAAGGCUGACACCAGUGAUUCUCUCUGAGUUUGGAAAUGGCCAGGAUUCCAGCUUAUUCAAUGCGACGCUACAAGAUUGCAUUCGAACCUUCACCGAGGCUCAUAAAAUCAGUUGGGCCAUGUGGGCGUACGCUGGUAGCUAUCGGAUAAGAUCUGGGGCUCAAGGCGUUGCCGACACCUGGGGCUUAACAAACGCCGACUGGAGCGGGUGGAAUUACCCAGAAGGAAUGCAAAAGUUCUGGAAACCUUGGGUGAAGGCUAUGAACCCGACCUAG